UGAUUCUGACAAAGAAUUAGCAAUAAACUAUAAUGGUUAACCAGAUACAACAGUAUAAGAAGCAUACUUGUCAAGGCAUCACCUAGGUGUCUAGACACCUUAGUCGUCUUGCUGGUUUCCCUUGCAUCUAGGACCCCUCCAACGCCUUGAGUCACCUAGACGCCAUAACAACUAUGAUAGGAAAGUUUAAGAUUCAAUGAGUCCAUGUAUCGCAAGCAUUAUAAUCCUGCACUUGCCACAUACAAAAGGGUUAGGAAAAGAAUCUAUAUUAUAUAACAAUAAAUAAAUAAAAACAACAUAUCGCGCUUGCCUAGCCACCCAGGUGGACCAAGGCGUCCAAGGCGAUGCCCAGAUGGCCAAGGUGGUCACCUUAUCUAUAUCUAGUAAGGUGAGGCAUUACCUUGACACCCUGAAGGCAGCUGCAUGCCUAGACAGUGCCUAGGUAACACCUUGUCAACACCUUGUCAACUAUGAUUGCCACACUACUUCAAAAAUAAAUAAAUAAAAGAAAAACAAAGACACAGAAUGUGGUGCCUGCCUGGGGCAAAACCUGGCCAAGGUGGGCAAGGUGCCCCAUGCCAAUCUAGUGAGUGCCAUGCUGACAACAUUAUGCUUUACCAAUACCAUCAAGAGGCACCUUGUCAUUGAAUAGGACAAGACAUAUAUUUAUAAGUAAUAAUUGUGUUAGACAUCUUGAGUUUGUUGGCCCAAGUCUCUAGUGAGGUAUGUGUAGAUAUAAAAAAUAUUAGAUCUUUCAUGGUUCAAGCAUUAAUGGUUGAGUUUCAAAGACUAAAUGAUAUGUAUCCUAUAUGUAAUAUUAUUAAAAAGCAUAGUUGUCAUGACUCAUGGUGACAAGGCGCCUGGCCACCGCCUUGUCGCUUAGGCAUGUCAAUUAAAGUGGAGGAUUUGGGUGCAAACUACAGAGAUUUAUCUGUAAAAUGAAUAAAUAUAGGUAUUUACACAAUCACGAGACAUCAAUCCUCCAUCGUGUUGCAAGUCGAGUCCACCAUCUUGCCUCGGGUACGUCUUUGUUCCACUUCUUCCUUCGUGAAGUGGCAGUCAUGGUAGUCUCUGCUUUAGCUGCUGGAGAAGCCGGAAGAAGGCAGAAGAAGCAGAGGAGAAGAAGAAAUAAAUAAAUAAAACAACACAAGAGCGAGAAGAAGAAGAAGAAAAGAGAAACAAAAAAUAACCUAUCGGAAAUCAAGGUUCUGUCAAUAGUGUCUCCGGAAGUGUCAGUUGCUGUCAUUAGGGGUGGUAGCUGGUAGGGUUUCAGAGCUAUCAGAGGGUUUCACAACUAUGAGAAUGAACAAACUAAAUGAUUCAAUGCUUCUCACGAUACCAUGUACAUAAACAAAUAAGAUUGUUAGAAACAACAUUACUUUAUACCAAAAAAAAAAAAAAAAAAAAAAACAAACUCUUCUAUAUACACAAAUUCGCUCACCCAGGCACCUAGAGGUCCCAAGGCAACCGCCUUCUGUGAAAAACACCCGGAUGCCUAGGCAACGUGCCUUGACAACUAUAUAUUAAAAAGUAGAUGAGGAAAAACCAAUGACAAUAAAAAAAUUCCUUAGUUUGUAUGAAGAUAGAGAAUAUGGAUAAGAUUUUCUAAGUGAGAUGACUAAAGUGGAGUAGUCUACUUAAUUGUUGCACAAUUAUUAUACAACCAGGUAGGUUACAGAAAGGUUAAAAACAUGAAACUAAAAUAAAUGGGAAUGAAUUUCGUAUUAGAACCAUGAAGGUUUAGGGAAAUUCUAUCUCAUUGUUUGUUCCAUAUGUAGAAAUAAAAUUCAUUACGAAGGAGGGGCUGGAGAAAUGAGGAUGUACAAGAAACCAAAAUUGGAACACCAUAUAAGACAUUUCUGACGGAUGUAUUAAGACCUAAUAUUUGUGCUUAACUUUGCUUGGGUUUGAAUAAUUUCCACCCCCACCCCCCUUGGAAUUCCUCUUAUGAAGUUGCAGAUUAAUCUUUGUUUCCUGUUAUUCAGGGUUCGGUUCCAUUAUGGUCAUCCUGAUAUAUUUGACAGAAUCUUUCACUUGACAAGGGGUGGCAUAAGUAAAGCUUCAAAAACAAUUAACUUAAGUGAAGAUAUAUUUUCGGGAUUUAAUUCAACUCUACGUGGGGGCUAUGUAACUCAUCAUGAAUAUAUCCAAGUUGGAAAGGGGCGUGAUGUAGGAAUGAAUCAAAUUUCACUUUUUGAGGCUAAGGUAUCAAAUGGAAAUGGAGAGCAGACACUGAGCCGUGAUGUUUAUCGGCUGGGGCGUCGUUUUGACUUCUUUAGAAUGCUGUCAUUCUACUUUACCACUGUUGGUUUCUACUUCAGCAGCAUGGUAACUGUGAUUAUUGUGUAUGUGUUCCUAUAUGGGCGUCUGUACUUGGUACUGAGUGGUUUGGAAAGGUCUAUUCUUUUGGAUCCAAGUGUUCAGCAAAGUAAGUCUCUUGAAACGGCACUGGCUCCCCAGUCUGUCUAUCAGCUGGGCACGUUGCUGGUGCUGCCCAUGGUGAUGGAAAUUGGCCUCGAAAGAGGGUUUCGCACAGCACUGGGUGAUUUCAUCAUCAUGCAGCUACAACUGGCUACUGUAUUCUUUACCUUUCAGCUUGGAACAAAAGCUCAUUACUAUGGCAGGACAAUAUUGCAUGGUGGUGCUAAAUACAGAGCUACUGGUCGAGGAUUUGUUGUGUUUCAUGCAAAAUUUGCUGAUAAUUACAGGUUCUAUUCCCGAAGUCACUUUGUGAAGGGGUUAGAACUGUUGAUGUUGUUAAUUGUGUAUGAAGUCUAUGGGAAGUCAUACCGUCGUUUGAGUAUAUAUUGGUUUAUCACAGCCUCCAUGUGGUUCUUGGUUGCCUCAUGGUUGUUUGCUCCUUUUGUGUUCAAUCCUUCUGGGUUUGAGUGGCAGAAGACAGUGGAUGACUGGACAGACUGGAAAAGGUGGAUGGGAAAUCGUGGUGGUAUUGGUAUCCCACAAGAUAGAAGCUGGGAAUCCUGGUGGGAAUCUGAAGUGGAACAUUUAAAGCACACAGACAUCCGGGGUCGAGUGCUUGAGAUAAUCCUGGCAUGCCGCUUCUUUAUCUACCAAUAUGGCAUUGUCUACCACCUAAACAUAGCUCAACAUACCCACAGUAUAUUGGUGUACGGACUUUCAUGGUUGGUCAUGGCUACUGUUCUGUUGUUCUUAAAGAUGGUAUCAAUGGGAAGAAGGAAAUUUGGCACCGACUUUCAGCUCAUGUUCAGAAUCCUCAAGUUGCUUCUGUUCCUUGGCUUCUUGUGUGUGAUGACUGUCUUAUUUGUGGUCUGCGGCUUGACCAUUGGGGACGUGUUUGCUGGUGUUCUUUGCUUCAUGCCAACUGGAUGGGCACUACUUCUUAUUGGCCAAGCUUGCAGAUCCAUGAUGAAGGGUAUAGGGUUCUGGGACACCAUAAAGGAGCUAGCAAGAGGAUAUGACUAUGUGAUGGGAAUGAUAAUUUUUAUGCCCAUUGUCAUUCUGUCAUGGUUCCCAUUCGUUUCAGAGUUCCAGACCCGCUUGCUCUUCAACCAAGCAUUCAGUAGAGGUCUACAGAUCUCAAUGAUUCUAGCAGGAAGAAAGGAUGGGGCGUCAUCAUCACCUAGUUGAUACUUCAAAUCAGUCAUCUUGGAGUGGUUAAGUUUUUUUGUACGUUCAGUAUCACAAUUGUCCUCUUUACAAAACAAAAGUACUAUAUAAAAGCCUUGAUAGUUCAUCUUGGUUUAAUUCUUUUGUGGAAACUUUUGUAAUCACUACCGCAUGUUAACAAAAGUUCCAUCUUAGUUUUGAUUUAA